CCCGGCCCAUCCGGAUAUCAUCGAUCCGACCAGUCAAUUUUACCGAUUAGCCGUUUUCUGCUUCAUAUGAGGGUUUAGGGUUUUGCAGUUUGAAGCAAACUCUCAAUUCAACUCACACCGUCGCCGCCCAUCGCCGCCGCCCUGGUUUUUCACCAAAACUCAGUGAUGGCGUCGCCGCUGGAGAUGGACUUGAUGUCCGCAUCGGGUCGGAGCUCCGAGAAGCUCAGCCUUCCUACCCUGCAAUCCAAAAUGAAAGCCGACCCGGAAGGCUAUAACUCGGAGUUGAGCCUUAUCUACAACCAAUUCAAGUCGUCUCUCGAGCUUUUUCUACAGCAAGCGGCGUUGAAUUUCACCUCUGUCAGUGGAAUUGCCUCCGACUCUACUGUGGCUAAGGAUUUGGGUGACCGCACCAUGUUCCUAGCCCACGUUACUCCCUUUUAUCCGAAAGAACUGGCCCAAUUUCCAAAUGAAUUGGUUCGGUUUCUCGAAUCCUCGGCCAAAAACCUGCCAUCGGGUCUUCGAGUGCACGUGACACAAGCUCUGAUCCUUUUGAUUAACCGAAAUAUCAUUGAUAUUAAGGAGACGCUCGAGGUAUUCAUGGUGCUCCAGACGGUAGGGGACAGGGUGUUGAAAACUUUGGCUUUCUCUCACGUUAUUCAUAGCAUUAAGAGAAUGAACCAGAAGCAUAAGAAUGAUCCGAAGAAUAGAGCACUUCAAAAUAUUUUGUUCAAGAUGUUGCAGCAAGAGGAUGAAGCGAAAGCAAAAAGAGCACUUAUUACCUUGUGUGAUCUUCAUCGGAGGAAAGUCUGGUUCGAAGAUAGGACUGCAAAUGCUAUAUGUAUGGCGUGUUUUCAUCCAUCGCCAAGGAUCAUGAUUGCUGCCUUGUCGUUUCUUCUUGAUUUUGAAAAGACAGAAUAUGGCGAUGAUAGUGACGAUUCUGGCGAAGAUGAGCCAACAACCCCACAACCUCAAGUAGUAUUGAAUAAAGAAGCUGUUUACAAGGCAACCCAUAAAGGCACAUCAGCAAGCAAAAAGAAAAAGAAGGCAAAACUGGAGCGGGUUGUCCGUAGCAUGAAGAAGAAGCAGCGAAUAUCAUCUGCUGAGGGAACUAACUCAAACUACCUCUCACCACUAACCCAUUUGAAUGAUGCACAGGGGUUUGCAGAAAAGCUGUUUUCUCGGCUGCAAUCUAGCAAAGAAAGGUUUGAGGUGAAAAUGAUGAUGCUUAAAGUAGUUGCCAGAACCGUUGGUCUUCACCACUUGAUUUUGUUGAACUUCUAUCCUCACCUUCAGAAUUAUGUCCAGCCACAUCAGCGAGAUGUCACAAAUCUGCUUGCAUCAGUCGUUCAGGCUUGUCAUGAAAUGGUACCACCUGAUGCAGUUGAACCAUUGUUUAAGCAAAUAGUUAAUCAAUUUGUACAUGAUCGAUCACGCCCUGAGGCAAUCACCGUUGGACUCAAUGUAGUGCGGGAAAUAUGUCUUCGCAUGCCUUUGUUGAUGACUGAAGAUUUGUUGCAAGACCUUGUGCUAUAUAGAAAGUCAAAUGAGAAACCAGUUUCUUCAGCUGCUCGUGCCCUUCUUGCUUUAUUUAGGGAGAUUUGCCCUUCACUACUGGUCAAAAAGGAUAGAGGGAGGCCAUCCAAUCCAAAGGCUAGACCUAAAGCCUUUGGUGAGGUGCACGUUGAUAGCAAUAUCCCAGACGCUGAGUUAUUGGAAGAAGAUGACGGUGCUAGCAGUGAUGAUGACAUAGAUGGGCAGAGAGAUGAUGUCACUACAGACGGAGACAAUCAAGACGAUGAUGAUGUUGAUCAUAUUGAAGAGGGUGGCAGUGAUGAAAUCAACGGUGAUGAUUCUGACCUAGAAAUGGACGGUGGUGAUGGAAACACCGAAGAAGAUGAAGCGUCUGAUGAAGAUGAUUAUAACAGUGAUGUUAGUGCUGAAGAAGAGAACGAAGAAGGUUCUGAUGAAGAGGAAAUCAAUGAAUCGAAAACAAAGAAAAGGAAGUUCUCUACUUUCGAGGGACAACUCAAUGCUGCUGAUAAUAGUCUUCGUGCUUUGAAGAAAUUGGCUGGCGAAAAUGGGAACGUUUCAUCGAGCGCAAGUGAUGGCAUUCUUUCUAACGAGGACUUCCAAAGAAUAAAAGAGCUCAAGGCUAAGAGAGAUGCCAGGUCAGUGUUAGCUCAGCAUGGAUUCAAGGUUCCUAGCGCCGAAAAACUUAGCAUGAAGAGGGUUGAUGCUUCCACACUUGAGGCUCACAUAAAGAGGAAGUACACAAAGGAAGAAAGAUUGGCGUUGAUAAGAGAAGGGAGGGAGGAGACAGGGAAGUACCGGUCUAGGACUGCUGUAAAACAGAAGAAGACUGGCGGUUCCAGCAAUCGAGAAAAGGAACACAAGAAAGCUAUGCCGCUUGUUGCAAAGAGAAAGAAGAUUGCUCAAGCACGCGUGGAGAAGAAGAAACAAAAACGGAGAGCCAGCACACAGUUCCGAGGAAGGAAAGCUUGGAAAUAGUCUCUGCUCCCAUUCAUCCAUUUUUUUACCAUAGAUUCAUAUAUGUUUUUUCACUUUUCAAAAUUGACUAUGUAUCCCUCUCUGAUUCGAUGUGCUGGUGUUUUAUGUAUUGUAUUUUUCUUUUCUCAAUUACUAAUAUUUAUUAUAAAAAAGAAAUCCCGAAACUGGAUGAAAUUUUGUCGGUAACACCCUUUCUCGGAUAUUUAAUAUUUUAAGUCGA